GAAUCAGACAAGUGUUUUGCGUGUAACUCUCAGCAUCCUUAUGACCCGUACAACCACAAAAACAGUCACCGCGUGAAGAACGUCAUCCAACUCAAGGACAGCAAUGAGGACCUCACCUGGUGGCAGUCUGUCAACGGGGAGGAGGGUGUCAGUAUCAGACUGAAUCUGGAGGCAGAAUUCCACUUCACUCACCUCAUCAUGAAGUUUAAGACCUUCCGACCUGCCGCCAUGCUGAUCGAGCGUUCGGCUGAUUUUGGUCGCUCCUGGAGACCGUACCGUUAUUUUGCCUACAACUGCUCCAAGACGUUCUCCAGAGUGCACGCCCACUCCCUCCACCACAUCAAUGAUGUCAUCUGUGAGGAGAGAUACUCUGACAUCGAGCCCUCCACGGAAGGAGAGGUCAUUUAUAAAGUGCUCGACCCUGCCAUACAUGUGAAAGACCCAUACAGUUUGGAGAUUCAAGAGCUGUUGCGGAUCACCAACCUACGGAUCAACUUCACCAAGCUGCACACCCUGGGAGAUAACCUGCUGGACCGGCGCUCUGACGUUCUGCAGAAGUACUACUACUCCCUGUACGAGCUGGUGGUGAGGGGCAGCUGCUUCUGCUACGGACACGCCUCCGAGUGUGCCCCCGUACCAGGGGUGGACGCCAGGGACAAUGGCAUGAUCCAUGGGCGAUGUGUUUGUAAACACAACACUGAGGGGUUGAACUGUGAGCACUGCAGAGACCUCCACAACGACCUGCCCUGGAGGCCAGCCGAGGCAGACAACCCUCACACAUGCAGAGAAUGCAACUGUAACGGUCACUCCAAACAGUGUCACUUUGACAUGGCAGUGUACCUGGCCACAGGCAAUGCCAGCGGUGGCGUCUGUGACGACUGUCUCCAUAACACCAUGGGACGCACCUGUGAGAUGUGUAAACCCUUCUAUUACCUGAACCCCAGCAGGGACAUCAGAGAUCCAGGAGUCUGUAGUGCGUGUGACUGUGAUCCUGUGGGCUCCAUGGAGGGAGGUGUGUGUGACAGCCACACAGACCAGGACAUAGGUAUGAUCGCGGGGCAGUGCCGCUGUAAGCUGAACGUGAAGGGCACCCGCUGUGACUAUUGCAAGGAGGGAUACUAUGGUCUGAGCCAGAACGAUCCACAGGGAUGCCAACGUAAGUGUCGUGUAAACUGUGACCCUCGUGGGGUUAAUAUGCUGGAAGCACCAUGUGAUCAGAUCAGUGGGGACUGCUCCUGUAAGACAUAUAUCACAGGCCGCUACUGCAGCAACCAGUGUCUGCAGAGUCUGGGGCCUCAUGGUUCUGACGUGCAACCUGGUACUUCUGUGCUCCGCUGGACUACUACAAAUACGAGGCAGAGGAACGCCGUUGGCCACUCACCUAGUGACCAGAACCUACCGGGCAAGGCCAGGCCCCAGGCUGAGGUCGACUGUGUGGAGCACCUCAACAACCAGCUGAGGAGACACAGGCGCCAUCAACGCAUCGCCAACGCCCAGCAGCAGAGGGCAGCACUGAGACGCAUCCGCCAGCUGCAGCAAACACCGGAUGUGAGGAGUGUCCACAGGGAGCGAUCCCAGGGUCACAUGAUCACAUGGACUGGACCUGGUUUUGCCCAGGUCAAAGACGGAGCUGGACUGGUCUUCGCCAUAGACAACAUCCCCCAUGCCAUGGACUAUGACAUCAUGAUCCGCUAUGAGCCAGAGUCGACAGAGGACUGGGAGGCCAUAGUGACUGUCACCUCCCUGCUGCUAUCCUCUAGCUCCCGCUGUGGCAACCUGCUGCCUACUGAACAGCUGUAUACAGUCACCCUGCCACACCACAGGAGGUACGUUCAGAUGCCCAGUCCUUUCUGCUUUGAGCCCAGUAACCGUUAUGUAGUGACCAUCAGACUCCAGCGACACGGAGUGUCCCAGAGACACCUGACUGCUUUCAUCCUUGUAGACUCGCUGGUGCUGACCCCCAAGUACACGGAGCUGCCAGGUUUCCAGGGUCACGACCCGGCGGCAGAGGAGCAUCGUGAUGAGAUGGUACGUUACAUGUGCCUGGAGUCCUUCUUAGCCACGCCAACGCCACUGCUGGCAGAGAUGUGCACCGAGCUCAUCUGCAGUAUCUCUGCCAUCCUGCAUGACGGAGCACUGCAAUGUCAGUGUGACCCCCAGGGGUCUCUCAGUGCUGAGUGUGACAGGGUCGGAGRUCAGUGCCGCUGUAAACCUAACGUGAUUGGAAGACGGUGUGACCAGUGUGCACCUGACACUUACAGCUUCGGACCAUAUGGAUGUACUGCCUGUGACUGCCACUCCCAGGGCUCUCUGGGAGACCAGUGUGACCCGGUGACGGGGCAGUGCCCGUGCAGACAGGGGGCCAGCGGGCGUCAGUGCUCAGACUGCCAGCCUGGCCAGUGGGGCUUCCCCAGCUGCAGGCCAUGCCAGUGUAACGGGCACGCUGAUGGGUGCAACGCACAGACAGGGGAGUGCCAGGCCUGCAGGGACCACACUGAUGGACAGCUCUGUGAAAGGUGUGUAAAUGGGUUCUUUGGAAACCCAGUGCUGGGGUCUGGGGAUCACUGUCGACAUUGUCCCUGUCCUGGUAACGCAGAAAGCGGACACUCCAACGGACACUCCUGUCAUGCUGACAGCUCAUCCAAUCAAAUCCUGUGCAACUGUAAACAUGGCUACAUAGGGCCUCGCUGCGAUCGGUGUGCCCCCGGUUACUACGGCAACCCCAAGCAUCCAGGUGGGAAGUGCCGCCCGUGCCAGUGCAGUGGCAACAUCGACACCCAGGACCCCGAGUCAUGUGAGCCCAUGACUGGCCGAUGCCUAAGCUGCCUAUACAACACGGAUGGGCCCUCCUGCUCUGACUGUAAACAUGGUUACUACGGCGACGCCCUGGCCCAGGACUGCAGGCGUUGCACAUGUGUAACAGCAGGUACACAACAGUCCUCAUGCAGCGAUGGCCAUUGUCACUGUGACAGACAGACAGGAGCCUGCCCGUGUCGGGACAACGUGGUCGGGUACAACUGUGACCAGUGUGCCCCCGACCACUGGAACUAUGGCACGGACAGAGGGUGUGAGCAGUGUGGCUGCCACCCUCAGCACGCCAAGGGAUCCCACUGCAACAUGUUCAGUGGACAGUGUCACUGUUGGCAAGGCUUUGGGGGAAGGCAGUGCACUGAGUGUGAGCAGUUCCAUUGGGGAGAUCCACGAGUGCAGUGUGGAGAGUGUAAGUGUGAGCCGCUGGGCUCGGAGAUGGCUCAGUGUGACCGUGAGACUGGGGCGUGUGAGUGCAGGGAGGGGACGGCGGGACGGCGGUGUGACGAGUGUGCCCGCGGCUUCACCGGGGCCUUCCCUAAGUGUGUCCGGUGCCACCCCUGCUUCGAGCUGUGGGACGACGCGGUGUGUAUGAUCCGCCGGGACCUGGACCACAUCCGUUACAACAUCCAGAGGAUCCUGGAGAGCGGAGAGACGCCCGGCGUGGGAGACAAACACAUCCAUGAGCUGGAGAAUAAACUGGCCCAGGUACAAGACCUGAUCCGAGACGGAGACCGGGACAGACAACACCAGCUGAUUGGCCAGUCCAUCGAUGACCUGAGGGUGGAGAUAGCUCUGACUGACGGUCGUCUGAUGGGUGUGACCCGCGAGCUGAAUGGGACAGCAGUGCAAGACGAGGUACUGAAGAGGAACCUGACCCAGAUGGAGAGAGAACUCAUGGACCUUAACACCACCCUGGUGGACCUUAACACCACCCUGGUGGACCGACACCAAGAACGGAGGAACAACCUCAGCUUCGGAUUCCAAGAUCAGUUUGACAAUGUGAAGAAGUACUACCGUGGGUCCCAGGAAGCUCACCAGAAGUGCAGCGCCUCAGUGUCUGGUCCCUUCAGCCCCGUGGAGGAGUCUAAAGCCACACGCUCACACACUGAGGACCUUCUUAACAAGAGGAGGGACGAGUUCCUGCGCACGGCGGCAGCCCAGAAGAAAUCACUGUCAGAGCUACAGGACAAAGCCCAAGAUGUAGACGAGAAAGUCCACCACCUGAGCCACCAGGUAUGUGGUGGCCAUUCCAACAACAGCUCCAAUGGCACAUGUCAUUACAGCCCGUGUGGGGGUGCUGGUUGUCGUGACGAUGGCGGUCAGCGGGUGUGUGGAGGGGACGGGUGUAAGGGGACUGUGAGCGUCUCCCUAAAGGGACUGAAACACGCCAGUGAUGUCAGUGACAACCUGACGGCUGCCAGUGAAGACCUCCGGGGCCUGGUGAAGAAGCUCCAUGACAUAGCUAUGCUGACCCAGGACGUUAAAAGUCAAGCCAUGGACAACUUGGACAACGCCAAGAAGAAUAAGGACUUCUUUGAAAACUCUAAUAAGAAACUCAAGGAAUUCAUUCAGAAGAUCAAAUAUUUCCUGACUGAGGAGGGCGCGGACCCAGAGAGCAUAGAGAAGGUGGCACAGCAGGUGCUGGCUAUAUCUCUGCCUGUGAACAGAACCACUCUGGACACUGUUGUCCAGCAGAUCAAAGACCACAUCAGCAACCUGACAGAUGUAGAGGGGGUCUUCAACCACACCUCCCAGCAACUCCACCGGGCCAAAGAGCUGCUCAACAGAGCUAAGGAUGCCAAGACACGAGCAGAAGGAGUGAAGGACACAGCCAACAGGACUAAGCAGGCGUUGGAUGCGUCUCAGAAAGCCAUUCAGAAAGCAACCAACGCCCUGGACCGUGCCCUGAACAACCUGAACAGCACCAGGAACGCCACCGCAACGGUGGAGAGAACCUUCAGCAUCUGGAGACCAAUCAAAUGGGUGCUAUGAUGCGACUGCCAACCUGUCCAUGAGGGUGGAGGAACUACAGGACAAGAUAGAUCAAAACAUGGAGAUGGCCCAACAUGUCAAGAACCAGGCCACAAAUGCCACCCAUGCAGCAUUGGGACUGGAAGCAGAGGCUGAAUGAGACGGAGAAUCUGUACAAAGACCUGCAGAUGAAGGUGGACUCUCUGGGUGGGGCCUCUGGGGACCUGGGGAACGUC